CUGAAUAGACUUUCUUUUAGAGAAUUAAUCCCAUUUCCUUGCGGCAUAAGGCGAUUCCUUUUAUAUAUAUAUAUCCCUUUUUCUUUUCUUUUCUUUUUGGCUGAGGAACGAAGUACGCGCGUGCGCCUAAAAAGCGCAGCCCACGAUGGCGGCGGCAUAUGCCUUGACCGGACAGGCGUCGAUUAAGGGGAAUUCAGAGAUGGUGCGGAUGGUGCUGUUGACGUUUUGCACGAUUGGAAUUACAUUUACUUGGGGGAUUGAGAUGACGUACUGCACGCCAUACCUCCUCAAUCUCGGCCUCACCAAAAGCAACACGUCGCUCGUCUGGGUCGCCGGCCCGCUCUCCGGCCUCAUCGUCCAGCCCAUCGUAGGCGUCGUGGCCGAUGAGAGCACGUCGAACUGGGGCCGGCGCCGGCCGCUGAUGAUGGCGGGCGCGGUCAUUGUGUCGGCCUGUCUGCUGGUGCUGGGCUUCACGAGGGAGAUUGUCGGCGCGAUUGUGGGCGACGACGGGAGCGAUGCGACGAGGCGGCUGACGGUGGUGCUGGCGGUGAUGUCGAUUUACGCGGUGGAUUUUGCGAUCAAUGCGAUCAUGUCGUGUGCGAGGAGUCUCAUUGUCGACACGCUGCCCAUUGAGAAGCAGCAAGCCGGCGCCGCAUGGGGCAGCCGCAUGAAUGCCGUCGGCCACAUGAUCGGCUACGGCGCAGGCUCCAUCGAUCUCGUCCGCCUCUUGGGCCCCAGUCUCGGCGACACCCAGUUCAAGCAGCUGACCGUCAUCGCCGCCAUGGCCAUCCUGGGCACCACGUCGGUGACUUGCUGGGCCGUCACCGAGCGCGUCCUCCGGCCCUCGUCCGCCGGCGGCGCCUUGGCCACCAAGAAGCUGCCCGACGAAGGGCCCCUCAAGGUGCUGCACCAGAUCCGCUCCACGCUGCUGACGCUGCCGCCCCGCGUCCAGGCCAUCUGCUGGGCGCAGUUCUGGUCCUGGAUCGGCUGGUUCCCCUUCCUCUUCUACAGCACCACCUGGGUGGGCGAGACCUACUUCCGCUACGACGUGCCCCCGGGCGCGAGGACGUCUGGCACCGACGUGCUGGGCGACAUUGGCCGCAUCGGCAGCGCCGCCUUGAUGAUCUACUCGACCGUCAGCUUCGUCGGCGCCUUCUUCCUGCCCAUGAUGGUGCGGUCCCCUGCCGACGAGACGUACACGCACCGCCCGCCGCGCGCCAUGGCGGGCUUGCUCGAGGGGCUGGACAGGAUGAAGCCGGAUCUGUUGACGGCGUGGAUUGGCGGGCACUUGAUGUUCGCGGCGGCCAUGUUUAUGGCGCCCUUGGCCAAGAGUUUUGUGUCUGCCACGAUUCUCAUGUGCCUCUGCGGCAUUCCAUGGGCCAUCGCUAUGUGGGCUCCCACAGCCUUCCUCGGCAUCGAGGUCAACAAACUCAGCGGCGCCCAAGACCCAUCAUCAGCCGCCCUCCCCCUCACAUCCAGCCGCCGCAACAGCAACAGCGGCUUGCCAUCUUCUUCUUCUUCUUCUUCUUCGUCAGGAGAGCUGUCGGGCAUCUACUUUGGCAUCCUCAACAUCUACACCACACUCCCGCAGUUCAUCGGCACCUUCAUCUCCACCAUUGUCUUCGCCGUCAUGGAGCCCGGCAAGAGCCCCGAGCUCCACGACGAGACCAAAGAGGCGGCUGCGGCGGAAGGGAAGGAGGUUGGCGGCGGGACGAACGCCAUUGCGGUUUGUCUGUUUAUAGGGGCGAUGAGCAUGUUGGUUGCGGCGCGGAUGACGCAUAAGCUGCGAAGACUGUGAAGAAGAUUGCGAUGGAGCGUUUCCCCCUUCUUGCCGGUGUGUUGUGCGUCUUCUCUUCUUUUCUUGUCUGAUGAAACGGUUUUUAUAUCUACAAAUGUAUAUAUAU